CUUGUUCUGAACAACUUUCAGAAAUGUUCUUCUCCAAUGACCUCAGCUUUAUGCACUCAGUGUACUAUUUCAAGUUUAUUUUAGUGUAUUAUGAUGCUGCUGGGCAACUAAUGUUUUUAACAAGGCAUUGGUUCUUAUUUUCAUAUGUCUGUUUUCUGUUUUCAGCAGUAUAUGGUAACUCUGUCAGCUUUCGACCAUCCCAAUAAUGAAAACAGAAGCUAAGGAUGGAGAAGAGGAAAGCCUGCAGACAGCUUUCAAAAAACUAAGAGUUGACACAGCUGGGUCUGUUGCUUCUCUUUCUGUGGGUGAAAGGACAAGCCCAAGAGGGUUGGUUAGAACAGCUGCAGAGGAAACCAAACCUAAGAACGUGUGUGCUUCUAAGGAAACCUGGCAUGGAUCUGUGAAAAAGCCUUCGAGAGGAGCUGUGAGAACGCAGCGUCGCAGGCGUUCCAAGUCUCCAAUUCUUCAUCCUCCAAAAUUUAUCCACUGCAGCACGAAACCGCCUUCCACGUGCAACCAGCUGCUGCGCCAAGGCCAGAGCGAUGCCCCCCAUGACAGCACUGGCUUUGGGAUGCCAGCCCCGAAGGCGACUUGUGUGCACGAACGGGGCCGGGUAGCUCCUGACCUCGAUCGGAAGGGAGCUGCUGUCGAGUCUUUGGGAGCUCCUGUUACAGAGCUGGUGUCGGAGAACAAAUCAGAAGAGUCUCCAGCUGCCGUUUCUCUGGUGUCCCAAGCGAGCCUAAAGGCUGCAGAGCUUUCUGACUUUCAGUCUGUGUCGAAACUAAACACAAACAAGCCGUGUUCGUGCGCAGCGAAGGCCUGCGAGUGCAAACGGUGGCAAAAUAUGGAAGUGUACAAAUUCUCUGGCUUGCAGAACAGCCUCCCGUUGGCAUCUGAUAGAAGAACAGUUGCUGAGGACCAUUCUCAGCCUUUACUAUCAAGAACUCCUUCAAGUUCUCCACGCUCUUGCUCUGAGCAAGCCAGGGCCUUUGUGGAUGAUGUGACUAUUGAAGAUCUUUCGGGCUACAUGGAAUAUUACUUGUAUAUUCCAAAGAAAAUGUCUCACAUGGCAGAGAUGAUGUACACCUGACAACGAGCACCAAACACGGAAGGGACUGUGGUUUAAAUCUGCCUUCUGUCAUGUCCAUGUGAGAUGGAACCCACUCCCUGCUCACUGUGCUUGCAAUAAAAACACUUCCUUGGCAUCU